AUGGCGCGGAUACAUUUUACAACCGGGGAGAACGAAAGCACCCAGCCAGAUGUCUCCAAACCGGUCAAGAGAAUGCGCUGGGCAACGACGCGCAAAGCAGGACAAAGUGGUGUGAACAAACGGCGUUCUCUGCUUGCCAGGGUUCCUAGAGUGACCCUUUCAGCAUAUGAAGAAAAAGCCCCUGGCCAGGACAACCAUGGCCAGAUCACCGAUGAUAGUCCAAUGGGACAGGAACAGCAAGAGGAGAAUUCGCAAGGUCGCACCAUUUAUGUUAACCAGCCCUUACCGCCAGCAGCGUUGACAGAGGAGGGACACAUCAAGGCGCAUUAUGCAAGAAAUAAAAUCAGGACGGCGAAGUACACUCCUCUGAGUUUUGUGCCGAAAAAUUUGUGGUUUCAAUUCCAUAACAUCGCCAACGUAUAUUUCUUGUUCAUCAUUAUCCUCAGUAUUUUCUCAAUCUUCGGCGCCUCCAAUCCUGGUCUUGGAUCGGUCCCUCUGAUCUUCAUCUUGGUGGUCACGUCGAUAAAGGAUGGUUAUGAAGAUUUUCGGAGAACCGUACUCGACAACGAGCUGAAUAACUCGCCGGUAUACCGCUUGGUGGACUGGAAUAAUGUCAAUAUUGGUGAGGACGAUGUCUCCCUAUGGAGGCGCUUCAAAAAAUCAUGCACGAGGACUCUCCUUGCAGCGUAUCGUUCGAUAAAAGGCCUGAGAUCGAAGAAGCAGAAGCGCUCAGAAAACGAUCUGGACGGUUCUGGCGCCGAUGGCAGAACAUCCACGGGCACGAGGCCGACCAUUCGGGCCUCUGUUUACUCUGAAAGGACAUCGUUCCAUUCCGUGCAUACUCAGGGAGAUGAUAUCGCAAUGACCCCCGUCCCAUCACCUGGCUAUCGUGCAAGUCUAUCGCCCAAUGGCCAAACGUCAGAACCACCAGCCAGCGCAUUUUCCUAUGAAACUGCAGAAGAGACCCAGGCCCGAGGAGAGAAUGCUCCAUCAGCCCUCCGUGUCAGCGAGCCUGCGAAGCGUAAGAGCAACAUCGCGCCUACAAAGGAUUACGGCAGCAUCAUCAAUCCAUACAAAGAAGUCUCGGGUCGGGCUCGAUUCAAGAAGGAUUACUGGAAGAACGUCCAGGUCGGAGAUUUCAUUCGUAUCUACAAUGACGAACAAAUCCCAGCAGAUGUUGUUGUCCUAUCUACGUCUGAUCCUGAUGGCGCCUGCUAUGUCGAGACCAAAAAUCUGGAUGGGGAAACAAACUUGAAAGUUCGCCAGGCUUUGCAGGCGGGUCGUAAGGUGAAACACGCACGAGACUGCGAAUAUGCGGACUUCAUCAUUGACAGUGAAGGCCCUCACCCCAACCUUUACUCGUACAGCGCGGUCGCUAAAUGGCAACAAUUUGAUCCUCGAAACCCAGACGCUCCUCCACGCGAAAUGGCAGAACCGAUCAGUAUCAACAACCUACUACUCCGAGGCUGCAGCCUGAAAAAUACUGAAUGGGUCCUGGGUGUUGUCGUCUUCACAGGGCAGGAGACAAAGAUCAUGUUGAACUCCGGCAUGACACCUAGCAAACGGGCGCGGAUGGCUCGUGAGCUGAACUGGAAUGUCAUCUACAAUUUUAUUAUCCUGUUCUUCAUGUGUUUGGUCUCGGGCAUUGUGCAAGGCGUUACUUGGGCCCAGGGUGACAAUUCCCUGGAUUAUUUCGAGUUUGGUUCCAUCGGUGGCAGUCCCCCGUUGGAUGGCUUCAUCACUUUCUGGUCGGCCGUGAUUUUGUUCCAGAACUUGGUACCUAUCUCCCUGUACAUCACUUUGGAGAUCGUCCGCUCAUGUCAAGCCUUUUUCAUUUGGUCCGACGUGCACAUGUAUUACGAGAAGCUUGAUUACCCGUGCACACCAAAGAGCUGGAACAUCUCUGAUGAUCUUGGCCAGAUCGAGUACAUCUUCUCAGACAAGACUGGAACAUUGACUCAAAAUGUCAUGGAAUUCAAGAAAUGCACGAUCAACGGACGACCAUACGGCGAAGCAUACACUGAAGCUGAGGCAGGCAUGCGCCGAAGACAGGGCGUUGACGUCGAGGCUGAGACGGCUCGCGUUACUCAAGAGAUCGCAGAAGCUCGAGUGGAGACCCUAAGACUGCUGCGAAAGACCUACGAUAACCCCUAUCUUCAUGAUGACGAACUUACAUUCAUUGCACCGAAUUUUGUUGCGGAUCUGAAUGGACAGUCCGGCGAAGAGCAGGCUCGAGCCUGCGAGCACUUCAUGGUUGCAUUGGCACUUUGUCAUACUGUUAUUACAGAAACGACUCCUGGAGACCCGCCUAGAAUUGAGUUCAAGGCACAAUCUCCAGACGAGGCCGCUCUUGUUGCCACUGCGCGCGACAUGGGAUUUACAGUGCUUGGCCGUACCAAUGACGACCUCCACGUCAACAUCUUGGGGGAGGACCGAACAUAUCGUAUCUUAAACACGCUUGAGUUCAACUCCACACGGAAACGAAUGAGUGCCAUUGUCCGAAUGCCAGAUGGAAAAAUAAAGCUGUUCUGUAAGGGUGCUGACAGCAUGAUCUACUCGCGACUGAAGAAAGGCGAACAGCACGAACUCCGCAAGUUGACGGCCGAGAACCUAGAGAUGUUUGCUCGGGAGGGCCUCCGAACACUCUGUGUGGCCGAGAGAGAUCUUGAUGAAGAGUUUUACCAAGAGUGGAACAAAGAUCACGACUUCGCUGCUCAAGCACUGACCGAUCGAGAAGAUCGUCUCGAGGAGGUGUCAGAUCGUAUCGAACGGGAACUCUCUCUCAUAGGAGGAACAGCCAUCGAAGACCGUCUUCAAGAUGGCGUCCCUGACACUAUUGCUCUUCUGGGACAAGCCGGCAUCAAACUAUGGGUCCUAACCGGCGACAAGGUUGAGACUGCCAUCAACAUUGGCUUUUCGUGCAACUUGCUCUCAAACGAAAUGGACUUAAUCCUGUUCGAUAUCCCUGAAGGGACUGUAGAUGAUGCCGCCAGCCUCCUCGAUAAGCACCUUAAGACGUUCGGUCUUACAGGAUCGGACGAAGAAUUGGCCAUUGCUCGAACCGUCCACGAACCUCCACCACCGACUCAUGCCCUGAUCAUUGAUGGCGAGUCACUUCAACUUGUACUUCGAGACGAAUUGAGACAGCGAUUCCUGUUGUUGUGCAAACAGUGCAAAUCAGUGCUCUGCUGCCGAGUCAGCCCGGCGCAGAAAGCAGCUGUUGUCCAACUCGUUCGGAACGGCUUGGAUAUCAUGGCUUUAUCCAUCGGCGACGGAGCGAACGACGUUGCUAUGAUUCAAGAAGCCGAUGUUGGUGUUGGUAUUGCUGGCGAAGAAGGACGUCAAGCAGUCAUGUCAUCCGAUUAUGCUAUCGGCCAAUUUCGAUACUUACAGAGACUCAUUUUGGUUCAUGGUCGCUGGUCUUAUCGGCGUCUGGCAGAAUCAAUUGCCAACUUCUUCUACAAGAACUUGGUCUGGACUUUCGCUCUUUUCUGGUAUCAGAUCUAUAACAACUUUGACAUCACAUAUUUGUUCGACUAUACGUACAUUUUGUUGGUCAACUUGGCCUUCACGUCGGUGCCCGUGGGUCUCAUGGGCAUUCUGGAUCAAGACGUCAGUGACAAGGUCUCAUUGGCAGUCCCUCAACUGUACAGACAUGGCAUGGAAAGGAAGGAAUGGACGCAGACAAAGUUUUGGUUGUAUAUGGCUGAUGGGCUUUACCAGUCCGCCAUCUGCUUCUUCAUGGCAUACCUCCUAUUUGAGCCCGCUACAUUUGAAACCGAAAACGGACGGGGUAUUGCCGACCGUAGUCGCAUGGGCGUCUUCGUUGCUUGCGCAGCAAUUGUGGUAAUCAACUCAUACAUCCUCCUCAACACCUACAAAUGGGACUGGAUCAUGGUGUUGGUUACGGUAAUCAGUUCUCUGUUGAUCUUCGCCUGGACCGGCAUCUAUUCGUCUUUUGAGGCCUCCUUCCAAUGGUACAAAUCGGGCGCGGAGGUAUAUGGUUCUCUGACAUUCUGGGCAUUGACACUGUUGAUCGUGAUAAUCUGCUUGCUCCCUCGAUUCGCCGCCAAAUUCUUCCAGAAGAAUUUCAGACCCUCUGAUAUCGAUGUUGUUCGAGAACAGGUUCGACAAGGCAAAUUCAAGUACCUUGACAAUUACGACGCAUACGUCCCUCCCAAAGCUGUGGAUGUGUCCGCAACUUCGUCCGAGCGACCAGAAGAAGGUUCGAAUGAGCUGGACAAAAACCAAGGCCACAACCGGUACCCAAGCAUGGCUGAGUCUCAGCGUCCUAUUGUUUACCCACCAUCAGAGGCACCAACUCGACACCCUCACAGCCAGACGGGCAGCGACGGGACAGACAGGACUGCGCCCUCGUUUGAUCUAUCCAGAUAUGGUGGUGAUGGACACACCCCAGAAAGGGUUCGUGCCAGAAGACCUUCGUUGGAGCGAGUUCGCUCUUCCUUCGAGAGGCAGCGACAAUCCUUGGACAGACUGAGACCGAGCUUUGAACAGAGCCGGGAUUUUACAAGUGCUGCAAUGUUGACGAGAAUGGAGUCGGGAUACUCGGCGUCGAAUUACUCUCACCCCCUGACAGGCUACAACACCCGGAGGACGGAAGACAUUGCAGAAGAGCAUCGGUAG